AUGGAGACAUCCUCUCGCACCACAUAUUGGGCAGACCUGCAUCCUCUGCCACCAGUUCGACCGCGACGUUCGCGACCUGUCUUCCACUCGCAGCUGAAUGUUCCUCGACGCUUCACCACGAACCCUCUCCAUGGCCGGUCUUACAGCACCAUAUCAAUUCCGCUUCCAGAUGAAGAUUCGGGGGCAAAUGCAUCUACCACGGCCGCCAACACGUUUCAGUCACACACGCAAGAGGAGGACCACACGCAGCUGGCUUGUGAUGAAGGAGCGGCGCCUCAGAAAUACGGUGUCGGUGUUGCCGGCGCGCGGCUGCUGCACAUCACCGAGCUCGUCGAGGAAAUCCUACUGCAUCUCCCCCUCUGCGACAUUCUAACGAGCCAAGCCACAUGUCGCGCCUUCCGCAACACCGUCCGCGGCUCCAUCCGACUGAAGCGCCGGCUCUUCCUUGCGCAGGACCCGAACAGCACCGCCGUCGUCCUCAAUCCCCUCCUGAGUCAACUGUGCGCAUCCUCUCACUACAGUUCCAUUCUCGAGGUACUCAACCUCAGCGAUCGCCCCGCCUCAUGGCCAUCGUCUGGUAUGACCUCCAACACCAUCUUCUCUCAUGCUGGUCGUCAUUUCGAACCCGCGCCCUUUUACCCCUACUCCGCGAAUCCACUACCCCUCGCCAACACCGAGACCGACUCUGCGUGCUUGCAUUGGCAGCUCAAAGAACUCGGUCAAGUCGGAACGGGCAACGAACAACACUUCUCGGCCAUGCCUUACGAAUCGAGUGCUUGGCACAUGCUCCUCUGCCAGACACCGAACCCCAUCGACGUCCACAUUACCGUGCGCCGUGACCCGGAAGUGAGCUCCCAUCUAGGCGCAUGUUGGUCUGAGCAGGUGAGCCUGCAGAACGGCACCGUCCGCGAGUUGAUCCAGAAGCUUGUCGAGAAGCUGGAUCUGGAACGUGGUAGUUGCCUCGGACCAGGAGUGCCGCUGAGGGUAGUGGGUACUGCUCCGGCGAAGCGGCGAAAGUAG